AUGGCUAAAAAUACUACAACUGUCUUAGAUUUACGCCAGGAAAGAUCCAAUCCACCAUUUUCUAUCAAUGAUAUGACAGAAUUUUAUGAUGGAGGGUCGGAAGCAACGAAAAAACGCAAAUUGAUAUCCUCUUUGAUAUUAAACAACCCCGCAUUUAAAUGGCUGGAACGCCAUUAUUGGACUCGAGACGAGGCAUACAGCAGCAAUGUUCAAUGUUUAGCAGAAGUUGCAAAAAUUCUAAGAAAGCAUAAACUCAAUGUUGAUGAUUUCAUGCAUUACUACUGGCUUGUCAGCACAAUAGGAGAGAUUGUAAGUUUCGAAAUGCAUCUUACUACAUGGAAAUCUGCUUUGCAGGAUCAAGGUACACCUGAACAACGAAAGAAAUGGUUACCGUUAGUUGAAAAUUUUGAAAUCGUCGCAACCUAUUGCCAAACCGAACUUGGUCACGGUACCUUUAUUCGAGGAUUUGAAACAACUGCUACAUAUGACCCGAAAACUAGAGAAUUUAUCUUAAAUACUCCUACUUUAACGGCUACAAAAUGGUGGAUUGGCGAAGUGGCUAAAACUGCCACUCAUGCGCUUGUGAUGGCUCAAUUGUGGACUCAGAAUAAGUGUUAUGGCCCACACUUAUUCAUUCUCCAGGUUCGUAGUCUAGAAGAUCAUACUCCUCUACCUGGAAUUACCCUAGGAGAAAUGGGCGAUAAAUUUGGGUAUAACAGCAUUGAUGAUGGCUUCAUGCAAUUGAGUAAUGUAAGAAUACCUCGCGAUCAAAUGUUGAUGAGGCAUUCAAAGGUUACACUUGACGGAAGCUUUAUCCCUCCUAAAAAUCCCAGACUAACUUACGUAGCUAUCACUUUAUAUAGAUGUCAAUUAUUGAUGUUAUGCUCUAACUAUUUAGCACGAGCAUCUACGAUUGCCGUUCGCUACAGUGCAAUACGCCGUCAGACUGAAACAAAACCUGGUUACGAACCUAAAGUCUUAGAUUAUGUAACUCAACAAAACAAACUAUUCCCUCAUAUCGCUGGCGCUUAUGCUCUUGCAUGCACUGGUCAUUACAUGAUAGAUUUCGGUAAAAGAGCUACUGAACGGAUAAAACUGGAAGAUCUAAGUGUCCUAGCCGAGUUCCAUGGAAUUAGUUCUGGUUUAAAAGCCUUUUGUACAGAGAUGAGUGUAUCUGGUAUUGAGGAGUGUAGACGAGCUUGCGGCGGGCAUGGUUAUUCAUCGGCCUGCGGUAUAGGUCAUAUUUAUAAUAAUUGGUUAGCGUCUUGCACAUACGAAGGCGAAAACACUGUUAUGUACCUUCAGUCAGCUAAAUAUUUACUUCGUUGUGUCAAGAAUCCAAAGUCUGCACCUUUAGGUGUAUCAGCAGUCUUACAUAAUCCACCAUGUAAACAUUGGGAUAUUAAGAAUAUGCAAGAUCUAGAGAAGACGAAUACAGUACUAGAAGCUUAUAGAGCUAGAGCAUAUAAAAAAGUAGCUAUUGCUGAUAAAUACCUUCGCGAAUUACAAUCUGGUGGCGAUACUAGUUACGAUGCUUGGAAUAAAUCUGGAAUUAAAUUAGUGGAUUGCGCAAAGGCAUUUACUCACUAUUUCGUAAUAAAGACAUUUUUUAAUAUGAUUGAGAAAUCGCGCUUGGGACAAUCUUGUCAUCUACAGUUACAUAGACUAUCUAUUCUGCUAGCUUUACAUGGCAUAGAUCAAAAUACUGGCGAUUUUAUGCUCGACAACUUCAUCGAUUUUGAACAAAUCAAACUCAUUCGAGUAAAAAUAUUAGAAUUAUUUAGUGAAAUUCGACCGGUCGCAGUUUGUUUAGUUGACGCAUUCGAUAUACCGGAUCAGACGCUACUAUCUGUUCUCGGUAGAUAUGAUGGCGACGUUUAUAACAAACUAUUCGAAUGGGCAAAAGAGGCGCCUUUGAAUAAAACUCAAGUUCGUUAUCUAUUAGUAGUAGUCAUAGAUUGUGUGUUCGUUUAUUUAGCUUAG